ACAGUUGACAUCGACAUGGCGACGGCACUGGAGUUGAGUCCCAACCAGAUUCGCGGCUUGUGCCAGCGAUACCUUGAUCAAGAUCAAGAUGACAGCAGCUCCCAUCUGGGAUUCGAUAUAGUCAGCUAUCAAUUAAAGCCCACAUCGGAGGCACCAGCCGGAUAUCUAGGAAGUCAUUUCUAUCUGCAGGUCACGGUACAGCUGCACAAUGCAGAGGCGGCAAUAAAGCUAAGAUUCUUUGUGAAGGCUGCCCCCGAGGGUAAUGCCUCGCGCAUGGAGUACCUGGAGGACUUCGGUGUGUUCGAAAAGGAGAUUGCCGUGUACAAGAAUGUCCUGCCCGAGCUGGAGAAGGCCUGCGCUCAGGUGGCACCCAGGUGCUACUAUGCCGAUAAGAAUCUGCUGGUUUUCGAGAACCUUGCAGAUCAGGGCUACCGCAUGGGAACCGGGCGGGAUGGUCUAAUGAACUAUGAGCAGCUCCACUGCUGCCUGAAGACCCUGGCCGCCGUGCAUGCGGGUUCCAUCAUCCAGGAGGCUCGUACGGGUAAGAGGCUGCCCCAAUCCCAGCCCCUUGCCGUUGUCGAGAAUGCAUAUCCCAGCAACAAGAAGCCAGAUCAUUUGCGGAUUGUGAACUUCCACAAAUGCUGUUCGGUGUUUAAGAAAAUCAUCAAAACGAUGCCCAAAUACCAAUCGAAGAUGGACUACAUUUUGGAUAACUUCACCGAUCGAAUGCUGUACAUUUUCGAGGCCAUCAGGACAUCCGAUAAAUAUCAGAAUACCCUGCUUCAUGGCGAUCUGUGGGCCAACAACAUAAUGUUCCAGUAUGGAAAAUAUGGCGAGACCCCACUGCAAUGCCGCAUCGUGGACUUCCAGCUGGCUCGAUAUGCACCACCAGCACUGGAUGUGCUCACCGUCCUUACAAUACCAACAACUAGUCAAUUCCGGGCCGCUCAUCUCGAUGAACUUUUGGCGGAGUAUUACCGAUUCAUGAGCGAGUUUCUCAAGCGAGCGGGCCUGGAUAUAGCUCGUUUUAUACCCGAGGAUUCUUUCUAUCAGUCUGUGGAGGAGUUCCGCAGUGUGGGCCUCAUCGAGAGCUGUCUCUUUUGUCAUAUGGUGAUGCUGCCGCCAUCGUCUACGCAAAAGUUGACCGGCUCUGAGGAUGGAUUCACUGAGUUCUUCAGCAAUCGUCGCAUAGAGAUCUGCCAGGAGGCCUUCGACACGGAUGAGCUGUACAGAACCCGCCUGACAGACAUGAUUGAAGAUUUUGUGGACAAUUUUGUAUUGAAAGAAAGAAAUUAAAGUUAGUAAUUAUCUAAAUAUAGAAACCCCAAAAACCUUG